GGACUGUUGUCCCGGCAUAGGCUAGCGCGCAUGUGCAGUUGACCCGGAUGUAGUUUCGUUUUCGGUGCAGAGUACACAUAUUACAAAGUAAACACAAUGUAAAAACAAUGAUUACGGAGUUAAAGCCGUUCCAAAUCUCCCUCACGUCCCAUGUAACGACUCGUAUUAGUAUGUGGACGUCUCGCCUCAGGAGAAUUGGGCAAACAUGUUCUUCGAAAACGUGCAAUUUGGGUCUACGCGUUACAGAUAACGUCGAGUAACCUCCAGCCAGAGGAAGGAUGGACCCUCGGGGCAGGAGGCACGAGCGGGGCAGCAACUGGACCGAUCAAGAGAUCGUGGAGCUUCUCCAGCUGUGGUCCGACGAGUCCAUCCAGAUAGAACUGGAGAGCUCAUUGCGCAACCAGCGUGUGUUUGACCGCAUCGCGCUCAUUCUGCGCGAAAAGGGCAUCUACCGCACAGGCGACCAGUGCAGGGAGAAGAUAAAAAAGAUGAAACUGGAGUACCGUCGCAUUAAGGACAACCACAAGCUGAGAUCUUGGAAAUUUUACGACGUGAUGGAUCGGGUCAUAGCCAACCGACCGGCUAUCACAUACUCCAGUAUGGGUGGAGCAGUUGUUGCACAGCACGUUUUUCACAGCCCAGGUGGAUGUGACUCGUUCUUGCAGGGGAACUCCUCACUAGGUUCCUUUGGUCCAGCUUCUUCGGGUGGGUUUCUGUUUGGUCAGCCCCCUAAAACCGGAGACCCACUGGAUGUAAAAUGUGAGGCUGUUGAGGAAAGUCUGUUGAACACGGAUGUUGCACAACCAGAUAUCUAUUACAGAUCAGGAGAUGAACAGGAAACUGAUGGACAAUCUUUACUGGGAACAGAGGACACACUGGGUCAAGGAGGCAAUUCUGCUCAUUCAAGAAUUUCACCUUCAGGUUUAACUGACCUGAACAUUGCUGCGUCUGCUUCCCAGUCAGACAAUGUUCCUGUGCCACAUGACACAUCUAAGGAGGGCCUCCGUCCCCUGGCUGCGGUAAGACAGAGGAGGCGUCGUAGAGCAGGCAAAACCGCGUGUGGCCACGGAAGUGGCAAAUGUGGCAGCCAGGGGCCCCUCGACAAAGCUCUCGCCAGCUUCCUCAUGUGGCAGCGAUGCGCAGAAGAUCGCCUCCUCUCCCUGGAGGAGGCACGGCUAGAGAAAGAGUUGCAAGCUGAUGAGCGGCGACAGCAGCAAGAAGAGAGGAGAGUGGAACAGGAGCGCCAGCAUGAGCUGCGCCUGUUCAACAUGCUUACUGGGGCAUUAACCGCAGUCAGACAGGGUGCUGUGACCACAGGAUCAGCACCCAGUAACACUCCUGUCUCCCUGGUAGAUCAUCAGUCAACUUUACUGACAACAUCAACUGCCUCAUCAGUGCCAUCCUCAUCUCAGCCACAUGCUCAGCUUCCCCCUGGGCACACCGUUUCCACUAAGGGGACAAUAAACUCGGGGCUGCACCCAUCAGUCAAGGCCUGCACACCAUCUGAGAGUGCUCUGGCAACUGUGAGAGGUGCAAAGUCUACUGAGCCCAGCAUGUACCUGUCCAGCCGUGGUAACAGUAUUCGACAGCAUCAAGCCAUCCUCCAGGAAGGCUUUGCUCAGUAUGCAGCGAACAGAUAUGACGUGGACAACCCUAAUGGUGUCAUCAACAUGGGCACAAGCGAGAACAAGCUCUGCUAUGAUCUUCUUCAUAAAAGGUUGACCCAAUCUGACAUGCUACAUGUUGACCCAGCACUGUUGCAAUAUGGUGACUGGCGGGGACAUGCAUUCCUGAGAGAAGUGGUUGCCAAGUUUCUAACUCACUACUGCCGUUCUCCAAAGUCAUUGAAAGCUGACAAUAUUGUGGUGAUGAAUGGAUGUAGUGCCCUUUUCUCGUGCAUUUCAGCAGUCAUUUGUGACCCAAAAGAUGCCAUUCUCAUUCCUAGCCCUUUCUAUGGUGUUAUUACUGAGGACCUGCAGUUGUACAGUGAUGUCAAGUUGUUUCAUGCCCCUCUUGACUGUGAGGAUAGUAACAAAGAUGGUCGACCUUUUCACCUCACCGUGAGCAAACUGGAAGAAGCUAUACAAAGGGCUAAGCAAGAGGGGGCGAACAUUCGGGCUAUUAUACUGAUGAACCCCCACAAUCCUCUUGCUGAGAUCUACAGCCCAAAGGAGAUGCUUUCCUUCUUGGAGUUUGCCAAAAGAAAUGAGCUCCAUGCCAUCGUAGAUGAAGUUUACAUGCUGACAGUGUUUGAUGAGUCAGUAACAUUUCAUAGUGUCCUCAGUCUGGAUAGUUUGCCCGACCCACAGAGGACACAUAUAAUGUGGGGGCUGAGCAAGGACUUUGCAAUGGCUGGAAACAGAUUAGGCACCCUGUAUACCGAGAACCGAGACCUUGUGGACGCUUUGGCCCAAUUGGGCUCAUUCCAUGGUAUCUCAGGGACAACUCAGCACCAGGUUGCACAACUUCUUCAGGACCGAGAGUGGAUAAGCAAAGAGUUUUUGCCUGAGAAUAGACGCAGAUUGAAAGCUGCUCACCGCUACCUGACAGAUGAGUUGCAGACAAUGGACAUUCACUACCUGGACAGGCCUGCUGCUUUGUAUGUGUGGGCUGACUUCAGGAAGUUUCUCAGACCCCCAUCAUUUGAGGAGGAGUUGUGUAUGUGGCGGUGCUUCCUCAAACACAAAGUGGUAUUGAGCUGUGGGCAAGCCUUCUCCUGCUCUACACCUGGCUGGUUUCGCAUCGUAUUUGCCAACCAGCAGCACCACCUUCAACUUGGACUGAAAAGAAUUAGAGAGGCCUUAAAAGAAAUAAAAGAAAGCAGUGCCAACAGGGAUUCCUACAUUGUCAAAGAAGCCAGUGAAGAGAGGAGACCAGGGAAAGAGUACAGUGCACCUUCAGACAAUGCCACAAUUGAAAAUUCAACAUCACCCCCCCAAAGCAAGUCAGCAGACCAGCUGAAGGAGAAGGCGUGUUCUGUUCCUGACACAAGCGCGCUGGGCCCCGAUGAGUUUGUGUUGCUGGACUGCCAAGCCUCUCAGCCUGCAGAGACCCUUGACUCUCUGAUUGGUACGUUCAAGCAACAAAUCCGCUCCUCUGAUUGGCUGGAAAAAAACACGCCAGAGCAAUCUGCAGGGGAGGACCCAGAGAUUCUUGAUGUGUUUAAAGUCCUGUUGCAACGAGCCAGAAAGUAAGUUAUGGAUAAACAGGCGAAGAUGUGACUGCCAAAUUAGAGCGUGUAGCUCUUAUGAAUCCCUCUUGUCACUUUAUCUACAUGGCAAAAAAGCUGCACCCGACAGGAGGCGGUUGAUUUUUGACAGUCCUUUUUUGGAAAGUUCCCGCUGAGAAAAGGACAAGAAGAACAGGGAAGCUUUGAGACCAGACUUUAUAUCUGUAAUGAUGCCUUAUAGUUUAGUGUUGAUGGGAGACGGGUUUCGCAUUUUUUAAUUCAUCCAUAUUCAUGAUAUAUGUAUGCUAAAUUAAAUGCCAAAUGUAACUGAAUCAAAAUUAUUUAAUUAAUUAUGUGAAUGUUCCUUGUAUGCACUUUAUUAUACAUGUUUUACGUUAUUUAACAAUGUAUUGAUAAUCUUUGCAAUAUAGUUAUACAAUAUAUUUUAUGUACAAAAGUAUUAAAUUGGCACUAAGCAGGCCCAAAAAAUGUCAUGUAAAUUUGACACACCACAGAGAAGAGUAAUGUUAACAAACAUGCCAAAUUUGAAUGAAUUUUAAAAAAUCGCUAAGUGUAUAAAAUGUUUCAAAACUCGAAUAAUAAGGGCCACCUCUCAACUCUCAGACGCUGUGGGCGUGUCGAAUGGAUGCGCCAAAAGGAAUCAAACAUACUAGGGUGUGAUAGCUUAUACAAUGUAAAAUCACAUUAGGAGGCUCAACUUCAAAAUUUAAUGUUUACUGUUGACUAUAAUCAUAAAUAUAACCACACAAGUCAACUUACCCACGUUGUCAGUGACAUAAUGUCACAGCGGAACACGACACCUGACGACAGGGGGACGGUAGGAUAGCUAGACAGUCGGCACUGCCCCAUUCACUAGUAUCAAUUUACCGGUGAUACCAUGUUGUCUCUGGUGAAUGUAGACAAAACUAUCCAUCGUAAAAUGCGCAAUGCAGAAUUGCGUUGAUGUUCAGCACGCCAUCCAUGUGUCUUCAAAAAGUGAAUCCAUCGCUUUUUUAUUCACUAGUAUAAAGUUACCCACAGAGUCAUGUUGUCUCUGUUGAUAGUUUACAAAACUGUCCAUCGUAAAAUGCGCACUGCAUAGUUGCGUUAAGGUUGAGCUCGCCAUCUGCGUGUCUUUAAAAAGCCCAUCAAAAUCUUUAUUUCCUAAUUUUUGGGGAGCUUAAAAAAACGUCACCGAGCUGUUCUAUGAAUUUAGGUAUCCAGUGAAGACGCAUUUUUGGGGUGUAGCCAUCGUUAGCUUGCUAACUACAGGCUGGAGUGGUAAUUGGGGCUUGUUAUGGAAGCUAAGCACAGCUAACACUCAACUGAGCCGCCAAACGAAGCGACGUCACUUUGUCCUUGUAGUGGGGCAAAAAAGUAUUUAGUCAGUCACCAAUUGUGCAAGUUCUCCCACAAGAUGAGAGAGGCCUGUAAUUUUCAUCAUAGGUAUACCUCACCAAUGAGAGACAAAAUGAGAAAAAGAAAAUCCAGGAAAUCACAUUGUCUGAUUUUUAAAGAAAUUAUUAGCAAAUUAAAAUCACAUUGUCAGAUUUUUAAAUAAAUUAUUGGCAAAUUAUGGUGGAAAAUCAGUAUUUCAUCACCGACAAACAAGCAAGAUUUUUGGCUCUCACAAACCUUCAUCUGUAAGAGGCUCCUCGGUCCUCCACUUGUUACCUGUCUUAAUGGCACGUGUUUGAACUCAUCAGUAUAAUAGACACCUGUCCACAACCUCACUCCAAACUCCACUAUGGCCAAGACCAAAGAGCUGUCAAAGGACACCCGAAACAAAAUUGUAGACCUGCACCAGGCUGGGAAGACUGAAUCUGCAAUAAGUAAGCAGCUUGGAGUGAAUAAAUCAACUGUGGGAGCAAUUAUUAGAAAAUAGAAGACACAAAAAACCACUCAUAAGCUCCCUCGAUUUGGGGCUCCACCAAAAGCUCACCCCGUGGGGUCAAAAUGAUCACAAGAAACCGUUCUUGUGAUCAUUUUGACCCCACGGGUUGAGCAAAAAUCCCAGACUCACAUGGGGAGACCUAGUGAAUGACCUGCAGAGAGCUGGGACCAAAGUAACAAAGGCUACCAUCAGUAACACACUACACUGCCAGGGACUCAAAUCCUGCAGUGCCAGAUGUGUCCCCCUGCUUAAACUAGUACAUGUCCAGGCCUGUCUGAAGUUUGCUAGAGAGGAUUUGGAUGAUCCAGAAGAGGAUUAGGAGAAUGUCAUAUGGUCAGUUGGAACCAAAACACAACUUUUUGGUAAAAACUCAACUUGUCGUGUUUGGAGGAGAAAGAAUGCUGAGUUGCAUCCAAAGAACACCAUACCUUCUGUGAAGCAUGGGGGUGGAAACAUGCUUUGGGGGUGUUUUUCUGCAAAGGGACCAGGACGACUGAUCCGUGUAAAGGAAUGAAUGAAUGGGGCCAUGUAUCGUGAGAUUUUGAGUGAAAACCUCCUUCCAUCAGCAAGGGCAUUGAAGAUGAAACGUGGCUGGGUCUUUCAGCAUGACAAUGAUCCCAAACACACCGCCCGGGCAACGAAGGAGUGGCUUCGUAAGAAGCAUUUCAUGUCCUGGAGUGGCCUUGCCAGUCUCCAGAUGUCAACCCCAUAGAAAAUCUUUGGAGGCAGUUGAAGGUCUCUGUGGCCCAGCGAGAGCCCCAAAACAUCAUUGCUCUAGAGGAGAUCUGCAUGGAGGAAUAGGCUAGAAUACCAGCAGCAAUGUGUGAAAACCUUGUGAAGACUUACAGAAAACAUUUGACCUCUGUCAUUGCCAACAAAGGGUCUAUAACAAAGUAUUGAGAUGAACUUUUGUUAUUGACCAAGUACUUCUUUUCCACCAUAAUUUGCUAAUAAUUUCUUUAGAAAUCAGACUAUGUGAUUUUCUGGAUUUUUUCCCCUCAUUUUGUCUCUCAUAGGUGAGAUAUACCUCUGAUGAAAAGUACAGGCCUCUCUCAUCUUUUUAAGUGGGAGAACUUGCACAAUUGGUGGCUGACUAAAUACUUUUUUUCCCCACUGUAUAUAGUGGGUAAGGGAACUCGCACUAGAAACUAUAUGCUCCAGCCCCGUGACGUCACGGGGAUGUGUUUUAGCCCCGCUCACAAAAUCAGGAAAAUUCAAACAAAGAUGCUUAAUCUAUAUCUCAACAAUUCAACACUAUAUUGUUAUGUCUUUGCAUAUGUUUUCAGUACUUCAAACAUAUUUAAAACUAUUUAGAAACAAAACACGGAUAUCUGCUUAGAUUUCCUUUAAGACACCUGCCAUCACCAUUCAGGAAGUGAAUGGAAGAGAAUCAGGGCUUAGCCCCCUUUGCAGUUAUAACAGCUUCACUUUUCUGACUGAUGUUUGUACAGGUAUGUUUGUGUCUAUGAAAAUGUUAAUUGACUCAUCCGGAUCACUAAUGCAAGGUGAGGGGGCCUGACUGUUUCUGUCGUAGUUCUUCCCAAAACUGUUUGAUGAGCUUGAGGCCAGAGCUCUUAGGUUCUUCCACACCAAACUCAUCCAAGCAUGAGUAGACAUUGCUUUGUGUACUGUGGAGGCGAAUAACAAGGAUACCUGCACAUUGUGCUGCGUACGUUUGCACAAACGUCGAUAACUCCAAACUGGGAAUAACCUUUCAUAGAUGGUGGGCCACCGAGAUGUCACGGGAAUAAGCUCCAACUAGGGGAGUUUCCACUCGAAUGGAGGCGGAGUAUGACAAAGGGGUUGAUCUAAAGAAUGAGCGCUGCAAAAAAAUGUGUGAGUCAAGGUAUUGAAUUCUGUACAGUAGAGGUUCAGUCAGAAAGACAUGAUUCAUUAAUUUGACUUUGGACUUUAUUUCUGACAGAUUAAACACAGUGUUCUAUAAACAUGGAGUUGCCAGAAUUAAAGGACACAAUCAGUCGCUUCAGAUUCACACAAUCUUGUGUGGGGCUCAGUGGUUGCCUGUGUGUGUCUUAUGCUGUCUGGACUCCAUUCUGGUUAAAGGAUGGCGGACUCUGGACUGAGUGGAAUAACACAAAGCGUGACAGUGGCAGCGAUGCCGUGAUCUUCAACGCCCUGGAAGCAGAGAGAGUGUUUGGUGUUCUGUCCUUCCUGUUGGCCUUGAGCACAGGGGCUCUCUCGCUGGUCUUUGCCCUCUGCUGGACAUCGGAGACUGUGCGCUCGUACGCCAACACUCGCUCCCUGCUUAUGGCAGGGACGGCUCUCUACCCCACCACCUUGCUUCUCCUCACCAUGUCAUCUACAGGUUUCUUCUUCCUACUCAGCUGGUCCAUUUUCACCCAUCAGCACUCCGAAGAAAUCCACCAGGACCUUUCCAUCCUAGGUUCCUCUUAUUGGCUGGGGGCUUUAGGCUGGAUCCUGCUGUUGGUCGUGGAAAUGAUCAUCUUCCUAGCUGAGCAAGCUAUUGUGCCAGACAUUCUAGAAGACCUGGAGAAAGCAGUGGAGUCAUGGAGGGUCACCUCUCAGAUGAGUCGUAGCUUCAGCGAUGGUUGUCCUCACGAUGCAUUCAGUAAGAGUAAGCUAGCUCCAAACAGGUACAUGUCGUUAACUUGCAUCGGCCACAACACUUGGAAAUGACAGAGAACAUGAGUGGGAUAGUUUCACAUGAACAUGCACAAACCCAAUGGAGAAACCAGUGUCUUAUGAUGAUGCAAGCACAAUGAAAAUUGAGGGUUUUUGAUAAACAGAUAGUUGCUUUGUCUUUCAUGUGAUUUACUUAGAAAAAAAUUAAGGGCCUGAUUUGCUCAAGUUUUGCUCAUGCCAAAACAGGCGCAAACGUGGUUGCUCACACAAACAAAUGUGGAAGCUGAGCUCCUAACUGGAUGCACGCACGAUUGCGCCUGCCAAAUGCACUGAAAUGCCGCAGUUAAUUUUGUGUGUUUUGGGAGAAGUAAUUCCAAAUAGAUUAAUUCCGCAUGCUGACUGUGAUUUAUCAAACCUGAGAUGACUCGUGAUAGCUGAUUUUGCAUCUUUAAAAAUCGCGUCUGAAAGGGAGCUGCAAACGACACAUCUGAGCAUAACCUUCAUGAGAAGGCGCAGGCAAAAUUAGAGGUGGUGGGGAGAACUGAUCUUUUCCGCUUGUGUAAGCAUUUUUGAAAUGCCAGAAACAAAAUUGAUGGUGACAUAUCAUUUAUUCACCCCUUUUUUUUUACAUAAGGGCUUACAAAACCCCUUUCAAGUAUGCAUUUCCUUGUGCCUGGGUCAUUCCAGCACACUUUGGCAAUUUUCUGGUGUCGGCCUCUACCAAAGAAGUUUUUCCUGCUGGUGCUCACCCAAAAUUUAUAUGCAAUGUUAUGCCGAAUGGAUACGGAGGAUCAGUUAAAUUUAACAAAACAUGGCUUUUAAUGGUGUUGCAGGCGACACCAAAAUUAGUGAUAGAGUGAUAGAUUUAAUUUCUGCAACUCAGUAACGUGUUUUUUGUUUGUUUUCCACUAGCAAUUACAUCAUUUUGCACUUGCGGUGCUCUCCCAAAUGUGCCAUCGUGAAUACUAUCAGUGCCAUCUAAAGCACAAAAUCCUUUUUUUUUUUAUAAAUAUGCCAGUCUUCACUUCUUUUACACCUGUUGCCAUCAGUGUGCACAAUCAAUGAGUGAACAUGCAAUUUAGCAACCAUUAUUUGGGAUCCUAGUAAAUGAUCGCAAUGUUAGUACAUCACACACAACGCCCACCAACAGCGCACAGUCUGUUGUAGUGAACACACAAUUUAGUGGCUGCUUUUUGGGAUCUUAUAAUUCAGGCCCUUAAGUGAUUGGCCCCACAGUUGGCUGGUGAGCAGUCCAGCCCAUUUGCCCAAAGUCAACUGGGACAAGCUCCAAUUAACUGAGACUCUAAUGAGGACAAGCACUAUCGAAAAUGGACGGAUGACUCACUCUGAAUGUAUGAAAGAAAUGUAGGAAUAAUGCUUUAUAUAUUGGAAUUUCAAAACAAUUUUUUUUUUCUCGUCAAUGAUGUGUGUCUGUUUGAGUUGUACAAAUGAAUUAUUCUGAUGCUGAAAUAAACAUACAUAAAGCUAUUGUUUCUGCAUAAAGACAUGGUCACGUGAACAUUUUUACAAGAAUAUCAUGAAAGUGUCAUCACUUUGUCAGUACUUUCAAUAGAACAAAAUACUCCUUUUUGUACACGGUCAUACUUUAUUGAGUUAAUUAUUAGGUAUUUUCUUGGCAGCAUGGUGAACGAGUGUUUAGCAAAUCUGCCUUAUAGUUUAGAGGUUUUGAACCUCUGCUCCGCCUUACUGUGUGGAGUUUGCAUGUUCUUCCCCAUGCUUGCGUUGGUUUUCUCCGGGUACUCCGGCUUCCUCCUACAUUAGAAAAACAUGCAUUUUGGGUUCAUUGAGCAAUCUAAAUUGUCCAUUCCUGUGGAUGUGAGUGUGAAUGAUCAUUUGACUGGCAACCACCCCACCCCUCACUUAAAGUCAGCUGGGAUAGGCUUCAGCUCCCCCGUGACCCAAAAAAGACAAAACCCGAGUUUGUCGCUAAAUAUUUCUGAUGUUCAUAGAAAAACAACAUUUUCAUCUUAAUCCACAAAAUGCUUUAAAGUUUUCAUUUGUCUGUUUGCUGUAUCUGGUGUAACAAUGCAUAAUCCCAUCAUCCCAUCAUGAGUUGGAAGUUUGCUGCUAGAAAGUUACAGUUGCCCUGUGUUAGGACCACCAGACAGACAGACAGACUGCCGCCAAAGACAUUACAUUUAAUGUUGUCCCACUUCCACAUGAGGAGAGGUAGCACAGACUUUGGACUGCUUACGCUUGUAUUCUCAAUGUGCCAAAGUGGGGAAAUUAAGAGGGUCUAGCUUUGUUAAUUGGGCGUUAAUCAGGUGAUGCUCUGAUUAAAAGGCAGUUCUGCCCUGUUGGACCCUGCUAAUGAGUUUAUUAUCAAAUCCACAGAGGAUUUUUCUCUCUUAUUUCAAUUUAGCAACAGGGUAGUGCUUAAUUGCUGUGUAAAUGAGGCAAAUGUCCUUGAGGGUCGUCCUGCAUCAGCACUCAAACCACAAAUAGAAUCCCACCUAAAUAUAAAACUAUCCGGUUCACUGUGGAGUGUACUCUUGUGUCCAGCCGUGCCUCUCAGCAUUUGCUGUUGUUUCAGGUCCGCCCACUCCUCUCUAAAAGAAACCUCUUGAAAUCUAAUUUGAUAUCUGAGAGAGCUGCAAACCCACUUUACAUCUCACGUAGAAGUACUUUUCAAAUUGAUUCCUUUUAUUUUACGCUUCUAUUCUCUCUGGAACGUGUGGCAUCUGAUCUGUUGGCAGUACACUGUCUUGAAUAAAUCCUAAUAUCCAGCAACAAACCUUUUGACUUUCUGCUUUCUGUGGGAUCUUUGGGGCCAUUGUUUGAAAAUGACUUUUAAAAAAAGAGUCAAUCUGAAGUGAAAAAACAAAAACAAAACAGACAGUCAGACAUUUAUGCACAAAGGAAGCAAUAACAGAUGAAUGCUUGGCGAUGCUACCAGAGAGAUAUGAGAUUGUGGAUGCUGAUUGUUGAAGGACAUUUGCUAUACAGACAUCAAUCAGAGGACGUCUCCCUGCUUAUAGGCCACUGGCACUUCCUGCAGGCAGCUGGCAGCAUGUGUGGAACACAACCUGUGCUCAGCCACUGCUCUUCAUAUCAAUUAGAGACUUAUUAUCCAGCCAUGUCCUACUAAUUAUGUUACACCACCCCCACAGGAUGAAAGCUUGGUAUGUGCUUGCCGUUCUGCUGCUGCACUAACUGAGUUAAAUAAAUAUACCUCGAAAGCAUUGUCAGAUUUGAGAGAUAAAUUCGAAUUUUUCAGAUCCACUGUCAGAACAAUUUCGUCUUUUGCCUGUUGGUGGUGCUCGUGUAACAUUCAUAGAUAUCUUACUAUGACAUCUGGCUAAGCAAAGCUUGUCUGAUGAGUAAUGCUACAGAACAAAUCUCUGCAGGUAUACAUACAUUUGUAUUUUUUCUUUUUGAAAUGUGCAAAAUUGAACAAAUAUAAAAUACAAAAUAAUAUGUUGAUUGUAUUUUGAGAAGGAAAGGAGGAGUUGCGCAUUUUGGAAGCAAAGUUUAUAACAUAAAAGCAAGACUUUCAUGGUUUUUACAGUUUAAUGUCUUUGUAGUUUACAUUAUUCAGUUUGAACAUUUUCAACUUUUCUCAUAGAUUUGUACAACUGGGUUCAAAGUGAAAACGCUGCGGAAACGAGCAGAACGGAAAGACAGCAGGGGAGUAGGAGACUGAAGAUGAGGGGAGGAGAGAGCAGAGAACAAAGGGAUGGAGGGAGGAUUUUAGACGCCAUAGAAUAGCUUCACACUGUCCCUGAAAUCUGUACAGCAUUGUGAUGAACAUUCUCCCUCGCUCUCUCUCCAUCUCCCUUGUCAUCAUCCCUCUUUAGCCUUGAAACAUCUGAUAUAGUUGUCAUAAGAACAUGGCCACCGCAAUACUGUGUCCUUCACUGCAUUAAGUGGACACUUUUUGAGAAGAUAGGAAUCUUGAUGUGAAAAGUAUAACGAGGCAGGAGGCGAGUAUGCAUUGUGUCCUUCAGUCAUGCUUUUUGCUGUGACUUUAGUUCAUCUCGCUUGUGGAAUCCUCAAUGAGCCAUUGCUCUUUGUGAUAGACACACCACCCAGACCGCCCUGCUGAUUACAUUUGUUCACGAGAACUGACAUUGAGACGAGAUAGACGGAAGGGAAAGGAGUUUCAUUCUUAUUCUGCACUUGAAUUUGACUUGAGAGUACACAAGUCUUUGCAUUGCUCAACUCUUUAUACUGUUUUGUGUGUUAACGUUGCUUUUAUGUCCUUGACUUAUUAUUGAAUCGUCACAUACACUGUCAUUUCCCACUGGGUCCUUUGCUCGUGUAAGUGGUGUCGUCUCAGACAUCCAAGUCCAAACAAUGACGCUGUAGUCCCAUUCCAGCCUCGCUCUACUCAACCUUGGCAAACUGUAGCCGUUCCAUUUUCUUAUCUAUGUGUGACCAAGAAAAUUAAUAUAUAAUCACUACCUGCCAGUUUCUUUAACAAUGUGCCUCUGUUUUGCAUAUAGAGUGUACCAGCUUAGGAGACACACGUUUUGAGGUUACUUAUUGGCUUAUUUGCAAUAAUGGGCUCAGCUCCACAAGAAUAGUUACACGUAACGUCUCAUAAUGGCAUGAAGAGGUGGAAUGAGGGAGUAAUAAUAAUAAUAAUAAUAAUAAUAAACAUGCCUCAGCCAUCUUGGGGACUUUACUAAAUUUUAACAGAUAAUUUUCAAAAAUACAGCAUUACAGUAAAACUAAAGAAACCCAACUUCAAAAGAGGCAUCUUAAUAAUCUCUCUGAAACUACAAUACAUUGGUAUUUUCAAAAGAAAACCCCCAAAUAAAUGAACCCAAGUCAAGGAUGUGAUCCAAUUCAGGCAGUUUCAGAAUUGUCAUUCAUUUUACCCAAUAGUUUGGGCACAGCAUCACUGACUUCCUCCCCAUACCUUUUGUAGGUGGUGUUGUCUUCAGCCCAAAUCAAUAGUGCACACGACAGACCAUCUGACUGAAUAAACAAUCCCCAUCUCUCAUCUCUUUCCCCCUCGAUUGCUCCAGCAGAUCUUUCACUAAAAGGGAAGGGAUGAAAAUCAUUGCAUAUCAGAGUCAUGUGGGAGCAAGCUGAUGAAGCUAGAGUGGGUAUGAAUAGAAGAAUAGUGGUUAUUAUGACACACCAUACUUGCUUCCUUCCUCCUUAUUCGGGAUACAGAGUCUGCUGUACUUGCUGUGCAUAAACUGAUCUGCAAAUGCAGAACUGUAUAAAUAUCUCUAAAGAUAUCUGGCCCAAAGUGUCAGUGCUACCCUGAGUCCAGCCUGUGUGUGUGUGUGUUUGUGUGUGUGUGUGUGUCAUGAGUGCUUUGCAGGGUUGACGUGUUGGAGUCUAGCAGCUGCACCUUGUCAUCCCAAUUACACCUGACUGCUCUUAAGACGCUGUGGGACUCCAACUCAUCGCCAGACUAUCAACGCUCUACGUCGAGUUCGUAGCCUAGCCACCUUGCUUAUCUUUUUGCUUCCUGAAGACCUCUCUGCCAUCUGCUCCCUGCAAACCAGUGCUUACCGAGACAAGUCGAGACCGAGACAAGACCAAGAUCGACACAAACCGAGACUGUGACAAGCCCAAGACAAUGAAAAUCAGUUUUAAACUUGUAUAAAUACAUUUGACAGUCAAAAACUCGCUUUUUGCAGCUGGACGUUGAUGUUGACAAAAUUGAUGGCAGCAUUAGUAGCUGUGCGUGUUUUCAUGUGAGUCGGUGAGUGUAAAGCUAGUUUACGAGAGCUGCUAACGGUACAAAGAGUGGAAAAAAAUAGCCAGUUCCGUUGAUUUGACAUCCAGCCAAAGUAUAAUAUACUUUGUGCAUUUCUGUUAAAUACUGUAAAGCCAAUUUAAGGUGGAAUUAAAACCUCUUUCCUGAAAUAUUCAUCUCAGAAAGACAAAAUUAGGUUUCCUGGUGUUAAGGUUAAAAUUAGCUUACCUCUGUUUAUGUUUUGUUUCGAGAUGCUGGCUAACGUUCAAUGUUGUCCCCGCUGUUGCAGUAAGCUGAAGACGGUACUUUCGUACUUACGUCACAACACCGCAAAGGUUGCAGUCAUUACGGGGGUGGUGGGGUGUAAGUAGCACAUGAAUAGCAGGAAUUGUUGUUUUACCAAGUGCUUUUCCUUAUUAUCACAUUAAUGAAGUUGAAGAAUAGCAAAUCAGGGCUGGUCUCAACUGGUCUUGAUAGAAAAUCCUGAGUUCGGCCAGUCUGAGACCAAAACAAGACCAAAACCUUUGGAAGUCAAGUCCGAGACAAUACCAAGAACUUCAUAAUGUGGUCUUGAGUCUGGUCUCGAGACAGGUCUCCAUACAUCCAUUUUCUCCCUUUACCAUGCUCGGGCUCUGGAACCUCUUCAUGACUGACUGAGAGGCGUGGACGUAGUGAUCGCCAGUCAAUCACAUCGAACAAUUACUUCAAUUACUUAAGUGUCUGCCUGUGAGCACUGUCUUUACCGUCAUCCUCACAAUCAACAGGUUGCACCGAGAGGCCAGGCCAGAGCAAUAAUGGUUCUCUGCUGGAUUGUAAUUUUCAUUACCAUGACUAGAUGAUAAAUACUCAACCACUUGGGCUUUGGCUCUAAUAGUCAUUUCUCUCUCAAACCACAAUGCCUGCCCUAUAUAAACAACCUUCCUUACCUUUAUCUACCAAGCAAACAAACGUCCUUCGUAGUCUCUCCCUUCCUCUGAAAUAAUUACCUUAUGUCUGUAAACUGGGCUUUCGACUCGUCACUCUCAACCAGUAUUGCAUCUGAAUGUAUUACUUUGUCCAUUGCUCUGAGCAGCACUACCACAGAAAGGGCAUAGCUGUCCUGGUAUUUGUUAUAAUUAGUUUUUAGUUAUAAAGACAAGAAAACAAUAAGAGGUUCUACUUGCAGAACGGAUCUUUUUGUGUUUGGUAGAAAUUUAAAAUCAGGUGCAUUUCCCACUCCUUCACACAUAAUUGAACCAAUUUUUCUAUCUGCAUAGCUCCCUUGCGGCCACGAUGUGCUCAUUACACAGAGGGAGCAGGCCUGAUAGAGGGAGCGACAAGGCAAGACUGACCAGUUAAGAUUGUACUGAACGUAUUUUUUUUUUUUUUUUUUUUUUUUAAUUCCUUUUGUUCAAGAAAUGUAUAGCUGUUACACAAAUACUGAAGUGCACAUACAGUAUUCCCGUCAAAGACGGGAAGUGAACAUUUGAAAUAUUGAUUGGUUGUUUACAAGUUACUAUUCCUCAGCUGACAGACCUUCUGUGUAAACCUACAUCAGACAGUUUGGAAAAGAGGGUGAAUACUUGGUUAAACACAAGCCAAAUGCAGUUUAGUGGGUUUUUACUCGACUGGAAGUCUCCAAGCAACAGGAGGAUUGUUCUCCAAUUAGGGAUAUCGCCAUUUAAUUAAACACGGAAUACACAAAAGAAGUGCAUUGCUAUUUUGAUUAAAAACACUGAUCCUGA